AUGGAUCCAAGACAGCCGCCUCAACUUCCAUUCUCGCGAAAUACAGCCUCGCCCUACGAUGGUCGAACACCUUUUCCUCCCUCGAACCAGCCACCGUAUCCUCCCUCUUCACAUCCCGCGAAUGCUGCUCCAGCUUACGCCGAACACCACAGAAGACCAUCAGAUCCUCCAUUCUACAACGCGCAACAACGGAAUUAUGCUCCAGGAGGCCCUCCUAUGCCAGGACCGGGCCAUGCCAGACAUCAGAGUGCAUCAUCGAUAACACAUGGAACGCCAGUAACGCGAGCAAUGCCUCCUCCCUCCUCACCUCAACAACCAUCUUCUCAAGCGCCUCAUCAUACCUACGGUCCGCCGCCUAUGCGCGCUGCCUCGUCGUCAGUCGGGCCUCCAGUGGGAUUUCAAUCAGGUCGCGAGCUUCCUCCGAUUGGAAGCCGAGGGAACGGCAUGUCGAUAUCAUCUCUCUUAGGAGGCCCACCAGCCGCAAGUCGCGAACCACCACAGCCUUCACAAUACGCUUCUCCCAUCAGUACGUCCUCCGCGCCGGGACCAUUCCCUAGCACGACACAUCCCUCACCCCGAAUGAGCUCGGCGGGUCAAGAAUAUACGCCGUUUCGCCGACCUCAAACACCCGAGCAUCCACGACCCUACGAACCUGCGACGAGAGAUCAUCGUUCAAACUCGGCCGGGUCUCCACCAGGAGUUGGUCAUUAUGGCACUCCAGAUGGGAGAGGGAGGUUCAGUACAGCGCAGACGAAUUACUCACGACCUGGCCCUCCAGGGAUGCGGGUAGGAGAAGAGCCCCGCCCAGAACCGAUUCGCGUUCCCAACCCAAAUUCUGCGUUACCUCCACGACCGAACAGUCAGCCCAGUGGUCACCCUCCUCCGAAUCGACAUGCGCCGGGUCAAAGAAUGUCAGGACAUGGCGAAAAUAUUUUUGGCGAGAGAAGGGUGGAAAAUAUGUCACGACCCGCGGACCAGAUGAACCGGGCGCCGGAACCAGCAUAUGCAAGAGCAGCAUUCGAGGAAAGAGGAGCUUCAGCCUAUACAUAUGUAGAAAGGGAGAGACAAGAGCGAGAGGUGGCUAUCCAACGGGAGAGAGAACGUGCGAGGGAACGAGAAGAGGAGAUGCACAGAGUCCGCGAACGAGAGCGUGAGAGAGAACGCGAAAGAGACCGGGAGGAGAGAGAACGAGAGAGGGACCGAGAAAUUGAGAUGGAGAGAGAAAGGCAGAGACGGGAUCGAGCACUGAGUGGCCAUGGAAAUGAUAUACAUAUGGAUUAUGCUCGUCAACACGCUGCUCAGCGAAAUGCCCAGCCUGGUUACAAUCGUCCAGAAGCUCGAGAACAACCUGCAUGGAUGCGACCUGACUACGAACCACCACGACCACCGUAUGAACCUAUACCACCCCAGCCCGAAAGACCUCCACCGCAGCAGACUCAACCUCCUGGAUAUGGAUAUCCAGCGAGUUCUGCUCCACAAUAUCAAGGACAUCACGCAUAUGCGCAAGAGGUCUCACGAUAUCCGCCAGCAUCUCAGCCAUCACAAAUGCCCGCUCAACAUGCGGCACCUUCCAACCAGUAUGAAGCAUCAAUGAUUGAAAGACAAAGAAUCGCAAAUGUUGCACAGCAUUUGCAUCAGCAACAUCAACCAGGGCCUGCUUAUGCUGGACCGCCUAUGAACGGACCUUAUCAGCCACAAGAAUCACCUACGAGACGGAAUAUGGAAGAAUCACAACAGAUGCAGCAACAACGAAGUUUUCUUGGAGUAGAGUUCAAUCGUAAGGGCCGAUUAUCGCCACUCCCUCAAGCAGUACAAGGAGCACAAGCACAACACGGUGGUCCGGGCGGUGAGCCAGGUAUCAAGAGCGAAUUUGGAAGAAUGUUUUCUGGUAUUGGGAGUGGUGUAAGCGGUCUCGGAGUACCAAGUCCUGUCUCUGCAAAUGCUCAAUCGAUGCCAUUUUCUAACUCCGGUCAACUUCGACGUGAAGACCUCGAAGGGUUCGCCAAUCAGGAUUCGCCUAUGGAUAAUGGUAGCAUUAAGCCUCGAUCAUCAUCUCGUGGUGGUGCUACGUCUAGAAGAAGGAAGUUGAAGGAAGAAGAUGGUAGGGAUGAUGAAAGUAGUACAGGUAGACGUACCCCUAGUGGAAGAGGUAAACGUACAAAGACGCAUCACCAUCAUCAUCACCAUCACCAUCACCAUCACGCGGAACAAAAUAAUAACACUUCCUCGCCUGCUCAAAAUCAUCUCACGCCGUUUAAAAAUGCGAAAGGAUCUGCCAUUCCAUCUCCACCUGGCACUGACGCCAAGCAAACCUCAGCAACGCAUCAUCACCAUGCUCCAACAAGCAAACCACAUUACCAUCAUCAUGCGGCAGCACCAAGGCCCGUCCCUCAGAUCAAUCCCAUAAUUCCGAUACCAGUUCGAACUAUCAAAUCAAAUGAAGUCUUUGAAAGUGUUGCAGAUCGCCAGCGUCUUCAUCUGGGGGUUCAAACUUAUCAAGCCAAACUUAAGCCCAAAGGAAAAGAUUCCAAGGGCAGGAACUCAUUAUCAAACCGAAGUUUCGCAAGUACCCCUCUACCUCUACCACGACUAGAAGGCAAGGAAAAUUGUACAAUGACGAUCAAAGUUUCUCGAGCAUACCUAUCAGAUGUCAGUAGAGAGGAAAUCACCCGCCGUCGCGCCGUUUACGGUACCGAUAUCUAUACCGACGAUUCCGAUGUCGUCGCCGCUUGUAUCCACGAGGGUUGGUUCCGCGGCGCUUGGGCCCCAGACGUAGAUAUCUCCUUAUUAGACCUUGAAAUUGGCGACCCUCCUGCUCGUCCCAUCGAUGCCGAGGCGGUAUUGACAGCUCCACCGCCACAUGGUCCUUUGAUCGUCCCGAAGAAUCACGAUGUUGAUAUCAAGAUCCUUAUACUCCCUGCACUCGUCGAAUAUAAAGGCUGUGUCCGCUUCGGCAUCAGAAGUAGGGAGUGGGGUGUGAAGCAUUCGGGCUAUCAGGCGCAACACGACGGGUUGAGUUUCAAGAUUAUGAGUGUGCAGUUUGUUGCUGGUGACGGGGGUGUUGAAUCAAAACGUGGCAAAGUGGCGUAUAGUCAAAAUCUGACAGCGAGGGAGUUGGAAGAGGAGAGGCGAACCGCGCGGGUAUUCGAGAUGGGCGAUCAGGUGAUGCAGGAUAGAGCUGAGGAAAUCAGUUUCGAACGCGGAGAGGCAGGGUUGAGGGGCGUGGGCAUGAGGAGUUGGAAUUUAGAUCCCCCGCCUCCGAAGAGGGUUGAGGAGGUGCAGAGGGAGGUGCCGGCCCCGAUAAGGGUGCGCACGCCCAGGGUUAUGGAACCGCCCGUCGUGGAACCUAUUACGCCGGCGGCGGGACAGGAGAAGAUGGUGGGUUUGGGUGUUGAUGCGGUGGUUGAGACGGCGGGGGUGUUGGCUGCUUUGAGGGGUGGGGAGGUUGAGGGGGUAGGGAUGGGAAGGAGGGAAGGGAGUGGUUUGGGGGAGGGCGGAGAUGUAGGCAGAGUUGCGGAGGGGGCAAAAGAGGUUACUGAGGCGGAUAUUCAGAGGGUUAUGGGGAUUCAAGGGGGUACAGGGGAAAGUGAAAGAGGGAGAGUAGUAGAGAUGGUUACGGAGAGGAUGGUGUGGAAUGCGAAUUCGGUGGGGAGGCAUUGA